GGUGCUUCUUGUAAUGAUCUAAUUUACUUCUUACUUCUUCGUUAUGCUUUUGUCAUUUUUGACUCCUCGACAUAUUAUAUUAUUAUUGUCAUCCCUAACAGUUUUUCUAUGGAUCAUAUGGUCAGGGAGGGUCUCAGACCUACAAACGUCAAUCACUAAUUACGUCCGACCAGAGGAAGAAGAGACUUCGCUCAUUAUAAACAACAACGCUGUUGACCCUAGUCAGCUUUGCACGCCAGCCAUGUUCAAUGACGGUCAGUGGGUAGCUACACACCUGCUUGAUCCUUACAAUGCUACAGUAGAGGAUGUCCAGCGAGUUGGCCAAUAUACAUGCAAAGAGGGAUUUCAGCAUAAAUGCUAUAUGCGACCUGGUAAAGAGUUUCUGCGAAGUGCAAAAAUGGUGAACUACAAGUGGCAACCCAAUUGCCAUCUUUUGAACUUCCACUCGCAUCUGUUUUCAUCCCAGCUUCUUGCCAAUCCAAUGCUGUUUGUAGGAGAUUCCAUAACUGAACUUCAAUUUGAAAGCCUGAAAUGUCUGCUGGGCGAACAUUUCGAUACAGCAAAACGUAUAAAGAACACCAAGCAUCAUACAAAAACGCUCGGCCUACAAAAUAAAACAGCUGUUGAAUAUAUUCGAAGCGACUAUCUCCUACGUCUCGAUACUUGGAAAGUGCAACAGGAAGGAGAAGAACCAGGCCCAUUACUCGGUAUAGGAUAUAAUGUCCCAUGGUCAGUCAUUUACGAACCCAGACAGGAUCACUUAAUUUCGGAAAUUGCCACUAACAAAAAUUAUGGUUACUCCAUUGUAGGGUGCAUUUGCUUCCCCGAUAUCGUUAUCUUGUAGUCAAUACGGCAGCUCAUUGGCACAAAUCCACAUUGUUCGGUGAAGCAGAAUCUACAGAUGAAAUGCUGCAAGCUUACGAGCUUACUGUGAAUGAAAUAUUGGAUACCGUCCAACAAUACCAACAUCUCACAACUUACUUUCGAAGUUCACCAUAUGGACAUGGCAAUUGUUCACAGUAUACCGAACCCAUGGUCAAACCUAACCCGCCUAAUGGUACCGUACCUUGGGAACAUCAGUGGCAUCUAUUCCCACAAAUGAGCAACAUGUGGAAGACUGCUAUCGAAAAACGAAAUGACCCAAAGAU